AUGACAAUCACCGUGGGCGUGUUGGCCUUGCAAGGCGCAUUCUUGGAACACCUGGUCUUACUGCGGCGCGCCGCUGAUUAUCUGCGGAAAGACGGCCAUGAAGCCGCCUUCGAGUUUACAGAAGUCAGAAACGUGCAAGACUUGACGCGAUGCGAUGCAUUGAUUAUACCGGGCGGAGAAAGCACCACCAUGGCGCUUGUGGCCGCCCAGUCAGGCCUCCUAGAACCACUUAGAGAGUUCGUCAAAGUCCAACGCAAACCGACGUGGGGUACCUGCGCUGGUCUGAUCCUGCUUGCCGAAGCAGCUAAUGCCACCAAGAAAGGUGGCCAGGACCUCAUAGGCGGAUUGGACGUCAGAGUGAACAGAAACCAUUUCGGACGCCAGGUUGAAAGCUUCCAAGCGGACGUAGAUUUGCCGUUCCUCGACACAAACGGAGACAUCUCGAGGGCUCCGUUCCCCGGGGUCUUCAUUCGAGCACCUGUCGUCGAGAAGAUUCUUCCCAAUGUCGAAGGCAUCCAGAAAGGAGAACAGCAAGUGGCCGAAACUGUGGUUGCACCGUCGAAACCCGCCAAGGAUGACCAAGCAAGGUCGGCAAUGAGCACCCAUGUUGAUAUCAUGGCCAAGUUGCCGGGUCGGCUGAAGAAAGCUGCUGCAAUGGGCGCGGAAGUGAAUGCUGGCGAGGAGACCGGGGAUAUAAUCGCCGUUAAGCAGGGCAACGUCUUCGGAACCAGCUUUCAUCCUGAGCUGACGUCCGAUAUCCGGAUACAUGUUUGGUGGUUGAGGCAGGUAUUGGAUGCAUUUGGGACGCCCGGCGGGAUUCAUUGA